AGAACCCAACUCAUAAAGUAAAGUGACCAGAUAAACUCCAUCUAUGGUUUGAUCUGAUCUUACUUGCAGUUUUAAAGAGAGAGACCUCCCCAAAGAAAAAAAAAUCAAAAUGUUGAGAGCUUAUGUGUAUCCGAAACUAAUUACCAAGACUAAUAUAACAUCAUCAUGUCUUAACUCUCUUUAUCUUAAGAGAGGAAGUGCGAGUGGUGGGAGGGAAGAAGGAAGAGCUCCUUCAACAGCGGAGGAGUUCACAAGACAAGGUGUUGCUAGCCAGACGGUGAAGAAGACGUACGACGGAGCAGCGGCGACCAAAUACGUAUCCAAUGAUUCUGAGGCAGGGAAAACGAAAGUGAGAAAGGAGUUUCGACAGAAGGAAGAGAGUAGAGACUCUCACAAGAAGGAAAAUGAUGAUGAUGAAUGAUGAUGGUUUACCUAUUAACACUUCUAAAUGAACAUGAUGAAGGGCAUGUACUUGUUAGUAUCAUUGUAGAUAUGGACAGAUGAAUAGAUGAUAAUAUAUGUUUUUUUGUAAUAAUAAUAUAGUAGUGUGCUUUUGUAUAUAUCUCUCGAGUAUAGAAGCAUUGUUGCUUUGUUUUCUUGUCAAUUAUUAUCGGCUUGUUUGUUAGUUUCAUUAGUUUAAUUUA